GGAUGUGGAAGGUACUAGCUAUACUUGCGGCUGCGCAGGCUGUGAAUUGUAAUUCUAGCUCUCCACUGGACCAAGUCAGCACUAGACAAAAGAAGCUAUUAUUUUUCGAUGAACAAGGAAGCCUUGUUAAGACCUAUGCCAACCCACAACCAUACAACCAUGGAUAUUAUGAGAAAGACAAGAAUCCGUUGUUCAUUAAUUAUUUGAAUCCAUUUUAUAGCCUCCUACGACCAAACACCUUUGGAUCAUCUAUAUUAUAUACUAUACCAGUAUCAGACGCAGUAUUGAAGCAACUCUAUAUGGAUCCAUUAUACCACAAUCAGCUUAUAGUAUUGCCAACCCGAAAGCCCGUAGUAGAAGCGAGUCCUCUCUGCUCCGGACAACGAACACAAAUACCAUCUCCAAACCUCUGCAGCAACUUCCUCAAUUGUUGGGACGGCUGGGCUUGGGAACAGGAGUGCCCUGCUGGCCUUUUAUUUUCAAAUGAAGGAUAUUGUGACUAUCCGUAUAACGUAAAUUGCAACCAGCGAUAUGUUAAAGAAGAACCGAAGCCGUUAUGCAAUAAAGAGUUUGAGGCGUUUAAGAACAGUGAUAACUGUAAGGAGUUCUUCAUAUGUGUCCAUAAACUACCAAUGAAGUUUCAGUGCCCUGAGGAUCUAGCUUACAACGAGGAAUUGGGGGUAUGUGACUACCCUGCUAACGUGCACUGCAAUAUGACACUAGGUAUCACCACUCCAGCUCCUCAACCAAUAGAGAUUUCAACUACUGUAUCAAAUGACCCAAGCAGUUCAACAACCACACCGGAUAAGCUUAUGAUGAGCAAGACGGAGUUUAAUAGUCAAAGCUGGAAAUCUAUUCAAGUGGCGACGUCUCGACAGGACGCCAUCAAGCAACUAGGUCAGCUUGCUCACAUACAUACCGGUUACUAGAUAGUAUCGCCUUACUAGGUCUUAUUUACUAGGAAGUACAUAUCACGCCUUAUAUGUGUAACCUGGAUCUUUCUCCUUUAGUAACACACCUAGUAUGCAGAAAAUCCAUUAGCUAUUUUGUCUUCCGGUUGAUUUCAAUAAGGGAAUUCUUAAAUAUUGUUAUUCAAAAUUAUUAAAAUAUAAUAAUUAAAUUUAUGCAAUAUCGGCUUUAUAAGAUUUAUCUCAUUAAAAAUCAAGUAAUAAAUAUAUUAAAAAAUGUAUUUGAUUGAAAAGUAGUUUUAAAUCCCCUUUUGCUAGAUGCUGUAAAGUCCAAAACUUUCCAAGAAUUUGGACUCAAGAGUUUAGCAUUUUAAUGGUGAAAUGGAUAGUCUGCUACAUGCAUUGAAACGUUUAAAUCAUUAAUAUGUACUGAUUAUAAUGAACUAUUCGUAUUAA